AAUAUUCCUUCCUCAUAUAAUGAAGAGCUAAUGACUGAGUACAUUGAAGGAACUUUGGAUGUUGAUGUAGUAAAUGUCAAGAUCAUUGAAAGAAUGGCCCUUUUUUCUAUUUCACAAAAUAUUCAAGGUAUUUAUCAAAUUUAAAAAAAAAUUUAGCAACUAUUUUCCAUGCUCAUUAUGUUGAAACAUACAAUUAACAUUUUUAUGUUUUUAGCUGAUGUUAGAGUAUUGAAGAGCAGAAAAGAAUUUUAGUGAUGCAUAGCUGUUCAUUUAAUUAAUGAAAUCAAUUUUAUUCCUUUAUGUUGUGAAUGUAAAACUUUUUAUGCAGCAUACUGCUUGUUAUGCCCAGCACAUCAUAAAUUAUUCUCUUGGGCAUAGAUUUAUCUGACAUUCUCAAAACUGUCUUCCCCUAGCAGGGCUGUGACUGCAUUAAAAUGGUUUAGAUGCCUGUUUUAUUUAUAUAAAAAAAUCAUGCCUAUAUUGAUUUAAGGUAGUUUUUAGAGAAACAAUGAGAUUGAAAGUCUCUACAGUGGUAAACCUCAAACUUUGACUGAGGCUGGAAUUAUUUUCUUCUUUAUUUUUUUGUCUGUUACACUAUAAAAAUCUAACUCUGUAAACCUUUUAAUUAAAAAUCUCUUCUUUAUAAACAAGAUUUUGAAGUUGCUGCACGUAUGAUAAAACAAGAGUCACGUGAAGGACAUGAAAUGAAACUGUUUCUAGUGAAAGCCAGAGCCAAAAAUGCUGUUGUAAUAUAUGAUAUUAAACCAACUUUGGAUGUGAGCUCUCUUAAAAAAUACAUCAAGCAGGAAUAUACAAAUGUACAAGGCUCUGUAUCGUCUUUCAGAAUUUGUCUGAAACAUAACCUAGGAUUUGUGCAUUUCAAAGUUGGAUCUGAUAGAUGUAAGACCAUAUGAGAAGCUUUUUUAUUGUUGGUGUCACCUUAAGGCCUUUAAAUCAUUUUCUUUAUGUUAAUGUUACCAACAGUACCAGCUAAAUUUAACAGAAAUGAAAAUUACUAUUUUUUAUUAUAAAUGAUACAUUCCACAAGUUAUUAAAAACUACAUAAUUGAAUAACUUAUAAGAGUAAUUGGGACAUUGCUUGAAAAAUUAAAAAUUAUCAAAAUUAUUCCUCUGAUUUUAACUAGUGUUUUUAAGAAAAUAUACUUUUUCCUUAAAUUAACCUACCAAAUACUUCCUACUCUUUACUUUAUUACUACUAACAUGACUUUUACAAAUUUUUAUCAUCAUUUCAGUUGUUUAUUUUUUAUUACACAUUUUUAUUUCAGUGGUGAAUAAAUUGCUUUCAAAGAAACGACACACUAUAUCGGCUACCAUUAAAUUUGAACCAUUUUUCUAUAAUUUCCAUGAUGUAAUAGAAAAAGAAUUGAAUUUAUUAAAUCAUGAAGAAGGCAAUCAGUGUUACCAAGAGGAUAACCCAAGAGAUUAUGAAACAUAUAGCAAGCAAAUAUCAGAAGGCUGGAAGGAUUACCAGGUCCUUAUGGAAGGUUUGAGUGAUCAAGGGGUAGAGGGAAAUGUGGGAAAUCAUAGCAGCAUUGAAAGUUUGAGUGAUCAAGAAUUGGAAGGAAAUGUGGGAAAUCAUAGCAGCAGUGAAAGUUUGAGUGAUCAAGAAUUGGAAGGAAAUGUGGGAAAUCAUAGCAGCAUUGAAAGUUUGAGUGAUCAAGACAAAGAAGGAAACGUGGGAAUUCAGAGCAGCAGUGAAUGUUUGAGUGAUCAGGCAUCAAGUAAAUGGACUCAUAGGGAGGACCAGAGCAGUGGAAACAAUUCUAAUAAAGAUGGAGAAAAAUUUAACGCUGCAGAAUGUGAG